CCUCCGCCUCCUCCUCUGAUGGAGUCGUGGGCCUCGGGCGUGGCGAACAACCGCCGACCGUCUUGCGCGCCCUGUGCCCCUCGCUCAGGCGGGGGCAGGCGGAUCACCAUCUACACCGGCGGCAUACUCUCCUGCGUCGCACUCCGCGACGCCGGCACGUACCCGGGCUACGCCGAGACGGACGAGGACUUCGAGCCGCUGCAGGAGUUCAAUCCCCACAUGUACUUUGGGUCCGUGUCUGGGUCCAUGUACACCAUCUUCAACCUGGCGAUGCUCACGGAGUUUACCGAGUUUGCCCGCGCGAUCUGGAUGAGGCAGCCCGUCAUCCUGUUCUUCUUCGCUGUCUUUGCGUGCACCUGCUGCUUCGGCAUGCAGAGCUUCCUCAUCACGGCCUGCGUCGAGCGCGUGUCCGACGAGGACAAGAAGCAGAAGACUGACAUGGACACCCUCGUCGAGAACAGCAAGCUGUCCACCCUGACAAUGCUCUCCGACGUUUUCUUCGAUAAGGACACCGAGGGGCGGGGCGUCCUGACGCAGGCGCACCUCGACGCGGCGCUGGAGGACGAGGGCGUGCGCACGAUGCUGGAGCGCCUCGACCUGCCGGUGGGCCUGGACGCCGAGGAGCUGUUGCUGCUGCUGGGCGGCUCUGCGGGCGAGGUGCCCCGCGGCCAGUUCACACGCAGCGCCGUGCGCCUCGUGGCGAGCAGCGACAAGCCGUUCGAGUGCCACUGCCUCACCCACUGAGCCUCCACCGCCUCGCGGCGCAGCUCCGCGGCCUGGAGCGGCGCCUGGACGCCGCCGCGGG